UGUAGCAUGGUAUAUGUGUUAGGGGGUGGCGGUCACAGACAAGGGGGGAAACGACCCAUGGGUCUUAGAAGGGUCUAGCUUUAGAGACGCGCGGGGCUGACACAAACUCGUGAAAGGCGAGCAAUCGGGUAGCGCACGGGCCUCUAACCAUUUCAGAUGUUAUACACUUGCCAACUCGUAGCUAAGUGUGUUUUACAUGGGAACGCGUGGUACGAUGUACAGGGAUUUUGACGUAUAGGCCCAGUGCCACCGAAAAGUGGUACACAGAAAAGAGUUUGGACUUAUAUUCUACGGACACACAUCGAAUGUUAUCAUUACCAGUAGCAUCUUCAGUGAAAGUCGCAUCUUGGUUUUAUUUGCUGUUGACCCAGUGGUCACUCUCAUUGUCACCCUGGGAGUCCACUUCCAACACCCAUCUCGCCUCCGUGCACCCCUCUAUUACCCCUACAGGGAUAUUUUUCAGCCUCUUUAACGUAUUCGCUUGGACUUUAAUCAACGCUGGAGAUUCUCACUCUCGCUAGUUUCAUCAACCGUCAACCGAGUUUUAAGUCAACUUUUUUUUGGUUGAACACCAGGAACAGACUAAGUUGGAAUCAUAUUUAAUAACUCACUUGUCUGGUGGCAGCCACAAGUUGAUGCAGUUGUUGCUGACGACUUUGAGUGGCGGUGACGACGUUGCAUCAAGUUGACUUCAACAAACAGAUAUCUGACUGGAAAAUGACCAGCUAUCCUCAAUUUGGAUUUCCAUACCCCGCUUCAUCACAGUUACUCAUGUCGGCCGCGGCACCCGCUACAACAUGCUGCGAGUCAGGUCGCCCGGUGGCCAGCGAUCCACACCCAGGCCAGGCCGUGUGUUGCCCGCCGCUAGACAGCAGAGCAGCGCUACUCCAUUCAGCCCGUGUAUCGGGCCUUCCCACCGCACUCUACUCGUCGCCCUACGCGGCGGCAGCAGCGGAGCAGGGAUACGUGCACUUCGCUGCCGACCCAUCGGCCUUUUACUCACCUCUGAGCUCCGCUUAUGCUGAUUUGAAGGGCACACCAGAGGGUUACGCCGCGGCACUAGCGGCCCAACAGGCUGCCUGCUAUCCGUACGAUCCAGCCACAUACCAAUACUACGGUGAUCGAUAUGGCAUGGACCUGAAUGGCGCGAGACGAAAGAAUGCGACCAGGGAGACGACGUCGACAUUGAAGGCAUGGCUCUAUGAACACCGCAAGAACCCGUACCCGACCAAGGGAGAGAAAAUCAUGCUCGCCAUCAUCACCAAGAUGACCCUCACACAGGUCUCAACAUGGUUCGCUAACGCUCGACGUCGCCUCAAGAAGGAAAACAAGAUGACCUGGUCACCAAGGAAUCGAUGCGGUGACGGCACAUCCGAAGACAAAGACGACUGCGACUCCGUGGGCGAUGAUGACGAUGACGCUCGUGACAUCGACGUCGACGUUGACGGUGAUGAUUUGGAUUCGAAACUUGACGGUGAAUCACGAUUGCUUGGCAAGGAUAUGGACGAUGACCACCACCGUGAUCACCGAGAUGAAGAGGAUAUUCGAAUGAGGCUGCAUGAAUCCGCUAGGCUGGGACUCGUGAUGAGAGAUAGUGACGUCAUGGCUGAUCGCAUGGAGUCAGGUCCAAAGGAUCCUGAACAUGCCACACAUAGGGACGAUUACAGAAGGAGAGGAGAGAUGCUAGCUGAACACCACCGACUGAGCGGAUUGAAUGGCUUAGACCCACUCCGUCUGAACACAUCCAGAGAUUCAAACCCGAGAGAUAAUAGUCCCGAUAGUUUACAACUAAGUCGACCGUCCAGUCCUGUGCGAGUCUGUGGAUCAGCUUCACCAAGUCAUGACCGCGCCACACCCAUUCAUGAUGACGUGAACGACCAGGACAAAUCAUCGAACUCUGUCCCUCAAAACAAGCCCAAGAUCUGGUCUUUGGCUAACACGGCGACAUCCUCAACACCAGAACGACCCAGAACUCUGUUCCACAGUGGACUCAAUGGUCGCCACCCUGCUAUGGCAUUUGGAAGCCCCUAUGACUCACCUAUGUCGAGUCUGAGGCAUUGGGUUAAUGGACAGUUUCAUGGGAUUCCUCUUCCACCCGGUUUCCCCCUUCACCACUCACAGCUCGCCUUGGCCGCCAGUAUGGCACAUGCACAACACCCCCACCCGCAAGGAACACAAGGGGCACCUACCAGUGUCGUCAGCACCGCCCAAGCACCUCUCUUAGCGACCACACCCCACCACGCCCGCUACACCAUGAGUAAAGAGCUUGCUUCUCACCAGAGCGGUAUCACAGCCAGUAUACUUGCUUCUAUUCAACAUCAGAAAGAAAGCGAAUCAAAGCAACAUUCUCCUUCACAUUCAUCCGAGGAAAUGUCAAUGAGGACAGCAUUCAAGCCAGUACAAAAAAGACCGAUCCUUGUAAGUGAGAGACCAUCUGAGGCGGCUGGUUCGCCUGAAUCACACCAUCGUGAGCCCAUUAGGAGACCGAUCGGUCUGUCAGUCGAGAGACUGACUUGUUGAUAACUAGACAUUGAGCCUGGUCAGUAGAACUGACCACUUGCUUGAUUGCUGAUGUCCAUGUUACGUGAAACGUCGCAGCUUGGAGCACAUCGGAUGAAGCCAGUUACCGAUGACGUCGAACUCUCUGUUUCUUGUAUAAAAAAUAGAGUAUAAGAAAGCGACUCCAUGACUGAGAGGCUUAUAAAGCGAUCCACUGGGCAAUGAGCUGAACUUUUUUCCCUUCUUCGGAUACAUGAUUUGCAAUUCGAGGAAACAGGUCAAGUAAGAAGAGGGAAUAUUGGUGCGAGUGUUUUAAUGAUUGGAGCGGAGAUUCUUACAUGUAUCCUGGGAGUAGAACAUGAUGUUGAGAGAAAGAGAUCGAAACUAGCAUCCCAACACACCACGGCCUGCAUUUAAACAUGAGCAACCAGCUCCUUUACUAAUACCCCUCCAUGCAGGGCUAACUCCCAGAGAGAGUGGGUAAAGCGUGUUAGGGAGAUGGUAGAAGGCUAGUUGGGCGAGCAGGUGAAGAUAGAACCAGAAUCCCUCAACUCAUCGAUACAAACAUGUCUCGGAUCAUCGCGUGAAGGGACCCCAUGAAUAAAACAAUACACAUCCAAUUAAAUCAAAGCUCCGUUACAAACGAACCUACUGCAUCUGUAAAGUGAAGAAUUGAACACCGGAUUUUGGGAUAAAAAGAAAUCCAAGUUGUUGGUGCCGGAUUUCUGACACCUUGCUAAGCGCGUUAAAAGCUAAAAUCUUAAAUAUUGAGGAUUCGCGCUGACCCGAUUAAAUCCCGAGUUGAUUCUGCUUGAGUAUUAUAGCUGCAAUACAUCGGCAUGCAAGGGAUUGCCUUGACAUCGCCGUGGAGAUCUCUCGCCAAUACCACAUAAUUACAUCACUUAACGUUGAAACCAUGUCUUAGGUUUCAAACUGUCCUUUAGUUAACCGAGAUCUUUCAUAUUGGUAAUUCAAUGUUGAUCUUUAAAUGGGCAUUCGGAGUAAAACGUUCAAAAUAGUCUGUUAAGAGCGGAAAUGUCUUUUUUUACCAAGAGAGUCACAGAUAGAGGUAGUAUGUCUAUAUCUAACAAAGAUCCAAACCACUGUGAAAUAGUUCAUUUUUAGUUUUUGAUUCCAAUUAUCUUGAAAUGAUCUUUCUGUAUAAUUAUCAUGAACUCAACGCUGAAUGAAAAUUCAAAGAAUGAAUCAAAUUUCCCCAUUAUAUUUCAUGAUUACGGGUACUGAUCAUUGCGUUUCGUGUGAUUAACGAUUAUAUAGGGGAACGGCGGAUUAAUUUGUGAAAUAUAAACGUGGUUCUAUGUGGAGUAUGAGAAAAACAAUAUGAAAGGAAAAUAUUUGAUAUGGGAUCAAUUUCAUUCAUAACUACUUGGAUUCGAUGUUUUAUAUGUGCGUUCAUGUAUAAUUGUGAUGUUUAAUCAUGAAAUAACAUUGACAACAGUAUUAACUGGCCAGAAAUGAAAAAAAAAAGAUGAUUUGACUCGAUUUAACAAUCACUGACCUUUAGUUAUAGGACCAAAAUGCAAUGUACGUGAAAACAUGUAUUUAUCUAUGGUACUUAAUGAAAUAAAAGAAAAUUAAAUGUUUUAAUGAUGAACGAUUUCAUAUUUUCAAUGGAAGCAGCAGUGUUACACUUUAUAUUCUUUUUUAAAUACACAAAUUAGUAAUUACCAAUCCACUUGUUUCAUUAGUCUAUGUUGCUUGACGGAUAUCGCUCAAUUUCUUGUGUGAAAUACUUGUAAUGUUUCUACUCUAUAGGUACCCUUUGCUAUUCAGUGAGUCCAUUCGUCGUAACCUGUUAAUGUGUGGAUAAUCCUUCUAAAUCUAUGGUUUAGAUUUAUAUACAUUAAUAGGAAGACAAUGUCUUAAACAAAAGGGAUGUCAUUGCGUGUACCGCUGGAUAAUCUGUAUUCAGAUUCUUGCACAAUAAUUGGCUAAAGAUAAUUUUGGGGCGGUGGAUUAUGUUUAGUUGAUAUCAUAUUUUAUAAUAAAACACAACUAUGAUGUAUACCGAAAUUGACGACAAGGCAGUGUUGUAUGAAUUUAUCUGAUGGCUGGAAAUUACAUCUUACACGAGCUGUUCUAACUGACAUGUAGUAUUAGUGUGCAAUUUUAUGUAAAAAGAACUUGAAAAUAAAUAUGACGGACUACGUAAAUUUUGGUAGAAAAAUAUAGUCUAUGUUUGAAAGAAAAUUUGAGUUUUUAUAUGAAGAAUUCUUGUCAAUUU